GCCGGUAUACUGUAAUUUUUCAAGUUUGUCUAUUUGACUAUAAUCAUGCUAUUCUUUCGAUUGACAAUAUGAACAAAGGAUAAGUUAUUCAUGUGGAAAUAUUUAAAAGUAAACAAAAGUGUAUUUAAAUAGAUAUAAAAUUAUGUAACAAUAACAAAAAUUAUUCAUCAUAAUAAGUAGUUUUCAUACGUUUGUUUACAACCUAUUCCUAAGUGUACUAUUUUGUGUAUGUAUUUAUAAUUAAUUUAUGUAUUAAAUUAGAAGAACGAAAAAGAGAACUAUUUGCCAAGGUAACAUAAAUUUCAAUAGAUUUGUUUGAAUUGUUAGGUGAAAGUAGAAAACUCCAAAUUAAUUUUAAGCACGUGUCCCAUUGCGAAUUUGUAGUUUUUCGUAAAAUAAUUCGAUAAAAUGAUUAUUGUAAAUUAUUCAACAUGCAAGGUGGUGGAUACAUCGUAAGCGCCGGGAUAAAUAUGUUGGCAAGUAGCACAACCAUUACACAUAAUGAGCAGCAAAGCAAACACUCCAUGUAAAACUGUUGCUACAAGAUCUGAAAAAAAUACUGUGGAAAGCAAACAACAUUUGCCUUCUCAUGAAGUACCUACAGAAGGUAUUAUUUUAUAUGAUGAUUGUAAUACUCUGAUAGAAGUUACUGUGAAAGCAAAUGGUCGAAAACGUACAUCAACAAUGGUUAGCAGCAGUCCCACCAGUCACAAAGCAGUAGAGGAGAAAAGAAGACCCAGUAGCAGUGGUGAUUCUCACCAAGGUUGGUGUCAAAUUUUAAGAGAACAAAAUCGAGCAACUGUAAAGCAAAGUCUGCAACAAUUAGCUGGUCGAAUUCCAGCUGCAAAGCCAUUAAAACAUGCAACUGAGACUAAAGAAAUGAAGAAAAAUUCUAAAAGUCAUCAAAGACAUGAAAACAAACACUUGGAUGAGAUUCCUGUCAAACAAUCAGCUUCACAAAAAAGAAUAGAAGAACAAAUCAAAGUUACACCAUGUACUACAAAUCCAUCUACUACGUCUGUUCCAAGUUCUGUGGAUUCUAUUCUAGUUGUCGAUAGAGGAGUACAAUGUGGUGGAAUAUUUGAUUGUAGCGAUGAUAGAUUUGGUGCAUGCAAUCCAGUUCGUACAUUAGGUUUUUUAAUGAAGGAAUUGGAACACUUAAUAAAAGAUGAUAAAGCUAGUAAAAUUUUUACUGAUAUGGAACAAGCAUUGCUUAGGAUACCAGCAGAAUCUGGAAAAACAUCAUUUGUGGAUAUAGAGGCCAUGACGCUUCGUACAAGAUUAGAAGCAACUACAAUCCAAUUGGAAGAAACAAGUAAAAAAAUGAAUACAAUGUGUGAAACAUUGCGCGAAGAACGGGAUUGUUUCCAGCGACAAGUUCAUAAACAAGCUGUAAUGUUGAAUGAAGCUCGAGAGAGACAGUUAGACUUAGAAACGACUAUAAAAACAUUGAAGCAAGAAGUACAAGAAGCAAUGAAAACAACUCAUGCUAAAGAUAAAAUAAUUACUGAGUUAAAAGAAGAGAUUAGGGGUCAUGAAUUCUGCCAAAAAGUUAUAACGGAUUUGAGAACAAAUCUUGCUGAACAAAUAGAACUUGCAAGACAAAGGCACUUAGAGGUGCAAUACUUGACUCUUGAAAAAGAUAAACUUACCGUUUUGUGUUCGUACAAGGAUUCGUUAUUGAAUGAACUUCGCAAUGCAAUCAAGGAGUUGCAAAACCAAAUUACCGAUCAGUUAAGUAAUUUAAACAUGUAUGUUCACGAAGAAAGUAUCAAUCCGCAAGGUUCAUUGGUUCACGGAGGUCUUGCAUGUUCAUCCCCAACUUCUACUUCUUCUCGCGAAUCAAAUAUACCUACUUCUUGGCAUGAUAUAUCCGAUGUUUCCUUGUCUACCGUGGAUCAUAUACCAUCGAAAAAUAGAGAUGUAAACAAGUUUUUACACAAACCAGACAAACCAUCGGCUAGUGCCGAAAAUCAUUUCGGAAAAUUUGAAAAGAACGAAACAAAAAGAAUUAAGGAACCUCAAACUAAAGAUUCCGCUAAUUUAGAGUUUAUUAGUUUACCUGGUGGAGAAUCUUCGCUUAUGCUUUUAUCCUCGUACAAAGAUCUUGGUUGCACAGAAAUUAGCCAAUCAGGUCACAAGGGAAACGAAGACGUAACAACGCACAAUAACAAAAAGACUGAUAAUUUACGUAAUUCUAAGAGCGUCGAUAAAAUGUCUUUGUCAGAAUGUUUAAACUCGCCUUCUGAAAAAACUCGUGAAAAAGAAGCACGUGUAAAUGAUACACCUAAAAAUCGAAAGUCAUCAGGAUUACACAAAAAACAAAGUUAUGAGAAAAAAUCUACUUUAAUCGACGAUAGCUCUAACAUUUUAGAAAAUAAUUUACCUCAAAAUCUAUUACGUACUGCUAUAUCGGAACAGUUCCAGAAUAUGUUCCACGACAUUAGGACUCAAAGUAGAAUGCCUGUUAAUAUACCGAGUCCGCCAAGGAAUUAUCCUCAUCCUAAUUGGAUCGAUAAUACAUUAUCCAGUAUCAGUGCUGCUUCUGAAUUAACCCUUUAGUUGUAAACAUCAUAUUCAUAUGCUGUCUCGAGUUCUACACUUCAUCGAUCGUUUUUCAAUCGGAGCGUGUUACAGCUAAAGAGUUAAUUGCGAUGCGAUGAAACACCUAAAACUGCAUCGAUUCUUUUUGUAAGAUAAUAAGCAGCAUCUUCAUCCAAUGAAAUUAUUUUUUUUAUCUACAGAAACUCAGUUUCAGGAAACAUAAAAAUUAAAUUAUAUUUUUAUGAUCUCAAUGAUUUAACAAUAUAAUUUUAAGUAAUAAUUUACAGGAGAUAUUUAUAUAUAUAUAUACAUAGUAUAAAUUGUAUCGAUUUCUGGCUUACAUGUACUUUCCUAUUAAUAUAUGUAUAUUUGCUUUUAACUUGUAAAUCUAAGUAAAGUUUAUACACAAGAAUACAUGUAAUUUAAAAAAAUAUUGUUUAUAAAUAUACGUUAUAAUUAUUAAUUGAAAGGAGGGUAGAAAAGGCUUUAAAAGUUACAUGUAACACAACAGUGUUACGUGUAUUAAUUGUACACAAUUUAAGGAAACUUUGUAGGGCAACACAAUGGCGUUAAUACCAAAGUAUUACACGACCAUGUUGGAUGUCUUGCAGUGUUGGUGUAUAAGAUAACGUGAGACUGAUAAUUCUUCAAAAAGUGUUGAUAGUUUAAUUGAUAAUAAUUUAACAAAUAAAAUAUAAUACGUUCGUUUUAUAAUAAACAAUACACGUGUUAUACUUAAUACCUCCGCGUCUCUUAGUAAAUUCUUACUAAGAAAUUGCAAGGACACAAUAUAAAUAUGACAUGAAAAACCAGGUGUAUAUAUAUAUAUUUUUUAUCACAUAUGUAUAUAUACAAGUAAAGUAUAAUACUUAUAUUUUGUAAGUCUUAAUAGGAUUAAAAGGGAACAUUUUAGUACACGUAAAACAUUCAUCAAUUUUGCAUAAAGAUGCCUUGAAAUACAUAUACAUGUUUCCCAGUAAGCGUGUACAUGUGUACUCUCUCUUUGCGAAAAAUUCGAUCUUUUUUUUUUAUGAUUAUUUUCUGUUUCUAGCGACCGAGAAACGUCAUCCUCUAACAACUAUCGUAAUACGAACACAGUCCUAACAUUCGAUGCGCAUAAAAUAAUGUUAACUUCGAGACGAAAAAGACUGUCUUCGCAUUGAAUGUUUUCGAUGAAAAUUGCGAUAAAACGUGAAAUAUUAAAAACGUUUAUUUGA